UUGUCAUGCAAAUAAAUAAAUUGUGGUUUUCUGCUUCGUCCUCUAAGCAUCUAGGGAGCUGCGGUUCCCAAUCAAUCGGUACAAUAGAGCAGAGCACGGCUGCCCUAGCGUGCAGAUCAGACGUCUCGCCUUGUUUCUAGAUCACCGGGAGCCUCUGGACCAUGUCCUACCCGCAGUUCGGCUACCCCUACUCCUCCGCGCCCCAGGUAAGGCUUCUGCCUCCCAGCGCUCCACUGAGCCCCGCUCAUUAUCGAUCGCUUCCGCUCGGGGCCGGGAGCUGCAGCGAUCCUCCUAGCACGGGGGAGCGUGAAACCGGCGGUUUGAUGCCAGCCGCCUGCCAGACCCUCAACUUAUAUCUUGCGUUAAAACGGGGUUUAGGGGCUUCGGGGUGAUGGCGAUGCGUGGGGUAGAGAUACAGAGCAGAGGGCGGGGAGAUGGGAGCGGGAGAACCCCCACCCUCUCUCCCCCCGGAGCGCUUUUUUUCCAUUCCCGAGGGAAUUUACCAAUUAAACGCGAGCGUAGCAAGGGCCGAGGUGCGGGAACAUAAUGGGAUACCCGAACCCAGCAGGUUAAUGACAGAUGCGUGCGUGGCCGCAGCGAAUCUGCAGUCCGAAUAAAUAUGCAUGAGUGAUCUGGGAGGGCGGGGGGGAAGCUGGAAGAACGCAGAUGGGCAGCAUUGUGCUGCAGGAGGAGAAAGCGGUGUAAAGUCGCUGCUGGCUGAGCGCACCGCAAAGUUGGGCGAAGGAGCGGUGCGUUACGGAGGUUCCGUGCCCACAGUCACGGGGCGUUUGUUCAUUGUUGGUGGAUGAUGUAUCACUCUACAUAGAUACGGGUUAAACUUACACUUGCAGAACGUUCUCAAACAAAACACUGGGGAACAAGGGGGGGAACACCCUAACGCUGAGACCUCAAAACCCCAAAGCUUACACCCCAAAGCUUAUACCUUAUACCCCAAUGCCGAUCACCGGGCGCUGACACCCCCCCGCCCGCUGUCCCCGCAGUUCCUGAUGAGCACCAACUCCCUAACGCCCUGCUGCGAGUCCGGCGGCCGCACGCUGCCCGAGUCGGGCCCGGCCGCCCCCGCGCAGACGCCGGUCUAUUGUCCCGUCUACGAGAGCCGCCUGCUCGCUACCGCCCGCCACGAGCUCAACUCCGCCGCCGCCCUGGGGGUCUACGGCGGCCCCUACGGCGGCCCCCAGGGCUACGGGAACUACGUGACCUACGGCACCGAGGCGCCCGCCUUCUACUCGCUGGUAAGCGGGGCGGGGGGCAGGCAGCGCACGGCCGCCGCUCCCUCCUCGGCCCUGCCCGAGAGCGGGGGGCUGAGGGCGGCGAGGUGUCUCUUGCAGAACACUUUGGAGGCGAAGGACGGCGGCGGCUCUGCGCAUGCGGGCAUCUCCCCGGCGGCUGCCUACUACCCCUACGAGCACAGCCUCAGCCAGUACCAGUACGACAGGUACGGGGCCAUGGACGGUGGCACGCGGCGGAAGAACGCCACCCGGGAGACCACCAGCACGCUGAAGGCCUGGCUGCAGGAGCACCGCAAGAACCCCUACCCCACCAAGGGCGAGAAGAUCAUGCUGGCCAUCAUCACCAAGAUGACCCUCACCCAGGUCUCCACCUGGUUCGCCAACGCCCGCCGCCGCCUCAAGAAGGAGAACAAGAUGACGUGGCCGCCUCGGAACAAGUGCUCGGACGAGAAGCGGCCCUACGAGGAAGAGGAGGAGGAGGAGGAGGAAUGCUCGCAGGAAGACGCCAUGAAGAGCGAGAAGGCCGAGGAGCCCACGGGCAAGGAGGAGAAGGAGCUGGAGCUCAGCGACCUGGAGGAUUUGGACGCCGCCGAGUCGGAGAGCUCCGAGUGCGAGAUGAGGCGGCCCUUCCCGCUCCCGCAUCCUCAUCCGCAGCCACUGCCCGGCGGCGGUCCCCCGCCCCGCGCCGAGCCCCCCGCCGUCGCCGCCGAAGAGGAGGAGGAGGAGGCGGCGGAACGGGCCCGCGGCUGUCUGAAGCCGGCGGCGGAGGAGUGCGAGGCGGCCCUGCUCGGAGCUCGGCCGCGCGGCUGCGAGGCCAAGCUGUGCUUCCCGCAGGGCCAGCCGCUGCUGGAGGCCAAGCCCCGCAUCUGGUCCCUGGCGCACACCGCCACCUCCCUCAACCAAGCCGAGUACCCCUCCUGCAUGCUGAAGCGGCCGGGGGGCUCGGCUGCCGCCGCCGUCUCCGCCCCAGUCAAUGUCAUGGACCGGCACCAGGAUUCGCCGGUCACCAACCUCAGGAACUGGGUGGACGGGGUGUUUCACGACCCGCUGUUCAGGCACAGUACUUUGAACCAAGCCUUGAGCAACACCACGGUGUCCUGGGCCACCACCAAAGGAGCCAUUCUGGAAACGGGCGCCUUGGGACGCUCGGUGGGCAAUGGCGCCAACGUGCUCAAGGGGCAGCUGGCCAACCUGGCCCACCAGGACUCAAGCAAGGAGUUUCUCGCCUUUCCCAAAGCAGGGAGCAAAAUGUUUUGCUCCUAACGGCCCCCCGAGGGGCAAAGAACUUCCCCGCGCUGGAAGAGUCAUGUACACUGAAAAGAAACUCGCGAGAGUUGAAAUAUAAAACUUUUUCCUUUAUUGUUAUUUUUUUUUUUAACAACCAAAACGAGGAUUUAACGUUCAGUUUGCUCAGCUCAACGGACAGACACUGCUGUUCUGAAGAAUUAAUUUCUCCUGGCUGCGACUUUAAGGGAUCAGUGUCGUGAGAGUUAUUUAAUUCCAUGUCCCAAAGCACGUACUAUAGCGUAGACCUACUUACAGAGUUUACAUCUGAAAGUUUACAGACGAGAAAUUUUAAUUCAGAUUUUAUUUAAGGCAUGCCGACAUUAGUUAUAAAGACUUUUCGAGAGUUUUUCCUCCUGAUUUCCUUGUUAGCAUAUAAUUCACAAACAGCACUUCCACUAAGUUUACACCUACUGCACAAAUUUAUCUUGACAAAAAAAAAAAGAGAGAGAAAUAUGUUAAAGGGUAUGUUCACUCCAAUAAAUUGUCUGUUUCAGAGGUACCACGCGUGCUGGCGUUUUGCAUUGCACAAACAUAUUUCAGGUUUCCAAAUUCCCCUCUCUCUCAGAGGACUAACAAGACGCUGCCCUCAGCGCACGGUGCCGGAGCCUCCUCCCCGCUGCCGAGGAAGUGCGGGGCGUUGCGUGCGGUGAGGCUGACAGUGGUCACUCGAGGUCCGUACCGGGAAAACGUCGCCUGCGCCGCCGAAGGGGCGAGAGGCGCCGCCUGGGCCGCCGGUGUCGCGGGGCUGCCGGCCGGGGCGCCGCAGCCCGAGCCCAUCGCCCGCUCCAGCUGCGGGCAGGGGUUCCCCCGAAACAGCCUGGCUCUGCUGCGGCGUUUCCGCCUCCUCCAUGGUGCACGGAGCGAUUGAUUCACGUGGAAAAUUUGAUCUUUUAAACAACAGUUUUAGCUUUCCAGCUCUUCUGCCAGUAUGGAGAAUCGCUGAUCCUCCAUGAAUAUUUCAGCACUUCAGGACAGAUGCUUUAGCGUUUUGACAUUAAACAGAGUGCAGCCAACAAAAAGAGGGAGAGAGGAAAAAAGCUCUCGACGUGUGAUUCAGGAGCAUUCGCAGCCAAUUUACCAUUUAGAUAACAGCCGUUUAAAAGAUUUCCCUUACUCUUCCCCGAAAUUGGAGCAAACUUUUCCCGAUCCUCGUACCGGGAGAGAGGGAGAACUGCCGGAAAAGAAGCUACCAGCCAGUGACAGCCCCUGAUGUGCCCACACCGGGGCCCAGACCCCCGGGCGGCCGCGCUCGGCGCUACGGGGGAAAAGUGAAAGCGCCCGAAGGACCGAGGUGACACCGAGCGAGCUGAAGAGCCCUUUUGUCCUCGCCCACCGCCUCCCGCCCGAAAUAAAUAGCUAAAUGAGAAUGCAGCCCGGGGGAUAUACACAUAUAUAUUAAAGGCGACUAUAAAUGCGGCCGAGGCAGUACCCAGCCGAAAUAGAACGUCCUCCAGCCCGCAAAGUUUCUAGCGAGACCUGUUAGUGCAAGGACUGAAUAAAGGAAUCCGGGUGCGGAGAUCAGAUCAAGCCCUUCCCCUCUCUGCGAGCAGCCGUAAUUGGAUUGUAUCCAGUCAUAUUCCCUGUCAUUGUAUUGACUUUCGCUCUCUUGGAUGAUAUUAUCGAGAUCACUGAACCCCUCUGCUGAUCUGGCUGUCAAAAGGCUCAGACAGGAGCCCCCGGCCUGGAAAACGUGCAUCAGCCAAGAUAAUUUGAAGUGAAAUUUUCAUUUUGACAGUAAACCCCUCAAUUUCUAAAGGCUCUGCACCCGGAGAGCUCGGUGGCAGGGGGAGGCUUUACAGAAAGCCACGUCUUAAACUGAAAAGGGCAAAAGAACUCGAAUUAGUUGUAAUAGAUAAAAGGGCAAAAAUAAAGAGUCAAGGGUACUUGACAGUAAUAGCGAAAGUGGAGUCUCCGGGGAGCCGCGAUCUCAGCUCAAGGCUGGGCCGGCAGGAAUUUUAAUGCAGCCGGGGCGGCCGGAGAGCUUUGCCUCUGAAACCCUUUAGACAAAGCAAAUUAUUUUCAGCCCAACUAAGGAGGUGGGGAUGAAGGAGGGAAGGGAGGAAAGGCGAGCGGUCAGGCUGCCCUCGAGCCAUUGGUGGCGGCCGGCGGGACGGGGGGAAAGGCUGCGGGCCGCGGGGGGGAUGUUACGGCGGAGGAAAGCAGGGAGGUUUUGCGUGCAUGCAGGUACCGGACAGGGUGGCACCGGCUUUCCCGGCGGGUUUCAGCAAGACCCGAGGAGCUGCCGGACUGCGGGGUGCUGAGCGCUGCGCACCGGGCCGCCGCCGGGCGGGUCGUCCCCCGUUGUAGAUCGAUGCUGAGCGGCGUCGGCGUAGUCAGCAGCGCGGUUUGGUCAGGCUGUGGUCUGGGGGGCAGCUUCCCCCUUAAAAUGAAGGUAAAAAAACCGCGGGCAACUCGCAGGCACGCUGAAAUAUCAGAAGCCGAGUCAAAAUCGGACCAGGACUUUAUCUCUUCAUUUCCUUAUGUUUGUCGUUACAGAACAAGUUUGAGUAAGUUUACGCUUGUUGUGUGACAUGACCAGAUCCCUCAGAAAAACGGCCCGGCCGCCUGUUAAAUCUUGUAGGUGGGCGUGUGCGUGGGUGCAUGCACUCACCCACACCAAAAUGUUCCCUGUGUGAGAGGAGUCUGCAGGAACGAUAGGGGAGGGAACGCAGUUUCUCACUUCGGCGCACGAAGCUUAUCUAUGGAUCAGCCGUCAAAUGCAAUGAUCUUUCAAAAGGUUUUUAAAAGUCUGAACAAAAGAGUGCAAGAAAUUAAUUUUGCCCUUUGACUCAAUAGCACAAGUCAAAGAUCAGGGCUUUAGACGGGGCUGCGGGGCUGAAAGGGAAAUAUACGCAGCUCAUGUGGUUGUACAAAGCAGGAAUAAAAAGGCAGGCUGAGAGAGAGAGAGGAGAAAAAAAUCGUAGAGAAACGGCUUGAUACUGAGAGACUCUAAAUCAUUCAGCCAUGGCAAAUUCAAACACACAAAGGAGGGGAUGCUAAAUUAACAGUGCUUUUUACAUAGAGCCCAAAUAAAACUGUAAUCAGCGACGCGUUACUUUUCAUUAAGCGAGUUUGACAGCAGCAUAUUCAGCCUCGACAAGGGAACAGGAGCGAAGAAAUAUACGGCUCUCCCAGCCCGAGUCAUAAGAUAAUUCCUUAAGCUCCAUUAACAACUCUUAGCCGCAGGAAAUGGGCUCCCUGAAAACAUCUCCAAAUCUAAAAGCUUUAUCGACCUCUCAAACCUCUGCUGAUGGUUCUAUUUUUUUAAAAAAAAACUUAGAGGCGAGACGUCCAGCAAGGUAAUAGACUUUGACACAACACCUUCUUAACUAGAGUGAGAGAGGCAGGAAAAACGAGACCUUAAAUGAUAUUUAAAAGGCAGCCAAUUAAGAUUUAAAAUGAUUGUCUCCUGAGAUUAUGCAUGCGAUUUAUGUCAUCUAC